AUGAGUUCGUUUAAAUUAAUCAAUUCAAAAAUAUUCAAUUUCAAUAUAUUCAUAAUAACAAUACUUUUAUUGAUAAAUUCAGUAUUUUCAGAUGUUUCUCCUUCAAAACCUUUGAAAGGUGCUUCAUUCACAGUUUCUGGUGGUACAGUAAGUAUCCCAGUUUCAUGGAUUGAAUCAAAUGCUGAACCAAAAUUAGAUGACAUAGAAUCUUAUACUUUUACAUUAUGUUCAGGUCCAAAUAGUAAUAUUCAUGCUGUUGCUACUUUAGAGCAAGCUGUUAAACCAGCUGAUAUUGAUGAUACUUCAAUUGAUUUAACAGUUGAAGCUUCAGCUGGUGCAAGUGGUAAUUAUUAUAUUCAAAUUUACGCAAAGAGUGCAAAAGGUUUCACAAUUAAUUAUACAAAUAGAUUUUCAUUAAAAGGUAUGACAGGUUCUUAUCAACCAAAUGGUAAUGAUGCUUCACCACCAUCUGGUCAAACUUCUCUCGCAGGUGAUGAUAAUGGUCCUACUAAUACUGGUGAUAUUUCUAAAUCUUUCACAAUCCCAUAUACUAUGCAAACAGGUAAAACAAGAUACGCACCAAUGCAAACUCAACCAGGUACUACUGUUACAAGAGCUAAAUCAGAUUGGACAAGAAAAUUUCAAACUAGUGCUUUCACUUAUUUCACAAGUGCUAAACAUUCCCAAUCUGUUUAUUCAACAAUUACACCAGGCUGGUCUUAUACAAUUUCUUCAGUUAUUAAUGGUGCUAGUGUUGCACCAAUGCCAACUACUUGGUAUCACCCUAGUCAAAGACUUUCAAAAGCUACAUUGAGAAGUUCAGAUCAAGUUACAGCAUAA